UUCCAUGUUUGAGAUCCCACUUUGGCUUCUCUCAGUGGACUGUAGUUUGGGAUAUCCAUGGCAUCAAUGCUAGUGCUGCUGUUCCUGGCUGCUGUACUGACCCCAUCCCUUCUUCAGGAUGACUAUGAGAAUAAUGGGCUUGAGGAUUUGUCAACCACAAAACCAUCAGUCCAAGAAGAGAUUGUAAACAAGCACAACCAAUUGAGAAGAAUGGUUUCGCCAUCUGGUAGUGACUUACUAAAAAUGGAAUGGAACCAUGAUGCUCAAGUGAAUGCUCAAGAUUGGGCAGACAAGUGCAUGUCUAUAAGUCCUAUAGAGCUCAGGACACCCAAUUUAAAAUGUGGUGAGAAUUUGUUCAUGUCAAAUUACCUUGCACCAUGGUCUUCUGUAAUCCAAAGCUGGUAUGAUGAAGUCAAUGAUUUUGACUUUGGUUUAGGCCCAAAGGAACGUGGUAGUAAAGUUGGACAUUAUACUCAGGUUGUUUGGAAUUCAACUUUCCAAGUUGCAUGUGGACUUGCUAAAUGCCUUGGAAACUCAUUGAAAUUCUUGUAUGUUUGUCAGUAUUGUCCUGGUUUACAAAGAAAUCUGUUGAUACUAGAGCAGGGGUGA